AUGCUGCGCAUCGCCUUCCUGGUCACCCGGGAGUGCCACCUCAGGCGAGCCUUGGGCAAGAUGUCCCAGCAGCUGCGCCACGCCGCUGCGACCAGGGACCCCCUCCCAGAUGUCGACUCGGCUGUCGCCGCGUUCCCUGGGCCCCCGGAGUUUCCACAGGCCGCGACGGCGGCGCGAUUCCCGGAGGCCGCGCACGACGUCAUGGGAUUCGACGACCUGCUGCCGGAGGACGCCAGGGCCGUGCGCCGCCGCGUGAGGGAGUUCAUGGCUGCUGAGGUCGCGCCCAAAAUAGCCGGCUACUGGGAGCGGGCUGAGUUCCCAUUUGAGGUCCUUCCUGAACUCAAGAAGCUCAACAUUGGAGGCCUGAGCGUGAAGUACCCGGGAUGUUCGGGGCUGUCUACCCUGGGCACGGGCAUGGUCAUGGCCGAGAUGGCAAGGGUGGACGCCAGUUUGUCGACGUUUGUGAUGGUUCAUGCCUCGCUGGCCAUGCACACCAUCGAGCUCAUGGGGACCGAAGAGCAAAAACAGGAGCUCCUGCCCAAACUGUCUGGACUGGAUCUGGUCGGCUGCUGGGGGCUCACGGAACCCGAUCAUGGUAGCGACGCCGCAAAGCUCAGCACGACCGCCAGGGCCGUCGAGGGGGGUUGGGUUCUCAACGGGAGGAAGAGGUGGAUAGGGAAUGGAACCUUCGCCGAUGUCGCAGUGAUUUGGGCCACGAACGCUGACAACGGAGAGAUCAACGCGUUCAUUGUUCGAAAAGGGACGCCCGGCUUUCGAACCACGAAAAUCGAGAACAAGAUAUCCCUGCGCUGCGUCCAGAACGCCAACAUCCACAUGGAAGAUGUUUUUGUGUCGGAGGCUGCGAGGCUGCCGGGAGUGACGUCAGCGCGAGACACCGCCAAGGUGCUGUCCACGUCGCGCAUCACGGUCGCCUGGCAGCCCGUUGGCAUCGCCAUGGGGGCGUACGACGUGUGCAUGCGCUAUGUCGGGCAGAGGGAGCAGUUCGGAUCGCCCCUGGCCGCAUUCCAGCUGGUGCAGGAGAAGCUCUCUCGAAUGCUGGCCAACAUUCAGGCCAUGACGCUGAUGACAUGGCGGCUGUCCGAGCUGUGCGACUCCGGCCGGUCCACCACCGGCAUGGCCAGCCUCGUCAAGAGCUGGAACACCCUGAGGUGCCGAGAGACGGUGGCCCUGGCCAGGGAGCUGCUUGGGGGCAACGGCAUCCUGUCCGAGUUUCACGUCGCCAAGGCCUUUUGCGACAUCGAGGCCAUCUACACGUACGAGGGCACGUACGACAUCAACUCCCUCGUUACUGCAAGGGAGACCACGGGAAUCUCCGCCAUUAGGGCUCCAAAGAAAUGA